AUGUCUGCAGAGAAGGGCAAACAGAAGGCGGCGGGGAACGCGUCGAGGCCGCGAAAGCGAUUUGUGGGUAGCAAGUCCGCCACGCCCUCAAAGCCCGGCGUCUCGCACGUCGUCAGCAACCAGAUCCCGCCGGAGAUCCUGAACGACGAGGCGCUGAACGCCGCGAUCAAGCUGCUCCCCUCGAACUACUCGCUCGAGAUCCACAAGACGAUACACCAUGUGCGGAAGAACAAGGCGACAAUGGUGGCGCUGCAGAUGCCGGAGGGGCUGCAGAUGUUUGCGUGCACGAUCGCGGAUAUUAUCGAGCAGUUCACCGAUGCCUUGACUGUUAUCAUGGGCGAUGUCACGUAUGGCGCUUGCUGCAUAGACGACUACACUGCCGUUGCGCUGGGCUGCGACAUGCUUGUGCAUUAUGGCCAUAGUUGCUUGGUCCCGAUGGACCAAACGAGUAUUAAGACUCUAUACGUCUUCGUCGAAAUUGCCAUCGACUCCUCCCACCUUCACCAAACCAUACGCCUCAACUUCCCCGACGACCGCGCCGAAUUCUACGACAACCUGCUCAAAUCGGAGGAGUCCAAUCGCGCUAUUCCGGCGGGCAGUAUCAUUGGAAAGACGCGUCACUUACGGAUAGAGGGCCCAGCAGCGUCAACUUCACCGCCCACCAACGCUGAUGUGGCACCGGAGGACUCGUCCCUCAUCUGCCGCCCAGAAAGCCAGCGAGAACCUACGAAGCUUGCUCUUGUCUCGACAAUCCAGUUCGUGUCUGCACUACAGAGACUGAAGGAGGACCUUUCUGCCCCGUACUCUGUGGACGGUUCAUCUUCGACCACCCUUUGGACUGGCACGUACGAUGCAAGUAUACCGCGCGCCAAACCUCUUUCCCCCGGAGAGAUCCUGGGAUGUACAUCUCCUGCUUUGCAAGAUGUGGAUGCUCUUGUCUACCUCGGCGACGGCCGCUUCCACCUUGAGUCCAUUAUGAUCGCCAACCCAUCCGUGCCCGCCUUCCGGUACGACCCCUACUCGAAGAAGCUCACGCGCGAGCGGUACGACCAUGCGGAGAUGCAGCGCAUAAGGGAGGAUGCGGUGCGGACGGCGAGGAAGAGUAUUCCUGUGGGGAGGGCGGGUGAGGGGAGGGCUCUCCAGGAUAAAGCGGCGUCGGGUAUGGAGGCCGCAGAAUCAGCCGCGGGUGUUGAGUCGAGAUCGGGCACACAACCCUACUCGCCUAUAAGCGAUGCGCCGCUGUGGGGUGUUAUUCUGGGUACGCUAGGCAGGCAGGGGAAUUUCAGACAGUUGCAGGCAAUCACACAUCAGCUCUCUGCCUCCCAAAUCCCUAUCCCCUUCAUGCCUAUCCUCCUCUCCGAGCUCUCGCCCGCGAAGCUUGCUUUGUUCAACGCAGACUGCCAGCCCGACGCGAACGCCACCACGAAAUCCCCCACCCCCUUCAUCUCGACCUUCGUACAAACUUCUUGCCCCCGCUUAUCUAUUGACUGGGGCUACGCGUUCGACCGGCCGCUGCUCAGUCCGUAUGAGGCGUGCGUGGCGGUGGGGAAGGCGCAGGGGUGGUUUGAGGAGAGGGAGGAGAGGAGGGUAUUGAAGGAGAGAGAGGAGCAGGGGAAGCUAUACGCGUCGCAGGAGGUCGGGAGGUAUCCGAUGGACUUUUAUGGGGCGGGGACGCCGUGGAGUGUUUCCAGGAAGGAGGCGGCGUUUUGAGAAGACAAAGACUCAUAACUCCCCAGUGCCAACGCUUGUAUCACAACCUGCCACUGUAGCCAUAGCUUACAUGUAACCCUUUUGCUUCGGUUUCCUUGUGCAUCGUUUCUUCACCUCACUUGAUCAACAUGAGCGUUCAACUUUGUACCUCGUGACCGUGGCAAUAUGUGAUACGGAC